AAAAUGUAUAAAACACGCGCGACCAGAAGGCGUGAUGGGAUUUUAUUGUCGACGAGCUUGCCCUAUAAAUGGCGGGAGCCUUACCUGGGUCGAAGCUUCAAGCUCCCAAUCAUCUCUCUCGCUCUCUAUGGCCUUAAAAUCUCAAUAAUUUUUUUUUCCAAAACCCUUCCAAUUUCCAAUCUUUAAAACCCAAUUUACCCCAUUGAUCUCCGCCUCUCUCUUCUAUCAUUCACUUCCCUUUCUUCUGAAUUUAUUUGAUUCUAGGGUUUGGUUUGUACCUUCAACUGAAAAUUGAAAAACCCUAGUUUUUUCUUCCAUUUUUUCCUUUCUGAGUCUUCUUUUUGCAGAUUAGAAAGUGAGAGAGUUGGUGUAGCGUUGUACAUUCUGAUCCAAUGGAGGCAGCGGCCAGUGUUGCUGCCGCACGGAGCGGUUCGCUCACAAUGUCAUCAUCGUCGCGUAAGGAGUGGCGUGCCAUUUCCGAGCAUCACCCGGUCCGUAACCAUGCGGAUGAAGUGGAAAUAGACAGAUCAAAGAUGGGACAAUCAAAUGAGAGAACCAUAUAUGAGGUGCAGCAUGGAAGAGAGCUUGCUGAUGUUAACUUCUCUAUAACGGCUGAUGAAAGUUUAGAUGAUGACAUAUUACAGCAGCAAAUCCACAAUAUCACUAGACAAAGAGAAGAGCUCCUGCAGAUGGAGGUUAAAUUCCGAGCACAGGCAAUUGCGAGGUCAAGGGUCCUGGAAAUGCAGAGCAGCUGUGAUGCUAAAAUAGCUGCACAUGCCAAUGCUGUUGCCAUGCUUGAGGAGCAACUCCAUGAGAGAGAACAGACCAUACAUGACUUGGAAAGGAAAAUGGAGGAGAAAGAUAGAAAACUGCAAGCCAUCAAAGUGGAUAAAGAAGAGUCCUGGGCAAAGGAUGACCUUCUCAGAGAACAAAACAAGAAACUGGCUACUUUCAGAAGAGAACACGAUCAUUCAGAAGCUGAGAGAGCCCAACAUAUAAAACAGAUGCAAGAUCUUCAAGAGCAUCUUCAAGAGAAAGAGAGGCAGUUUAUUGAGUUGCAGGAACAGUAUAGGGCUGCUCAAGAAGCCAUCCUUUAUAGGGAUGAACAGUUGGGAGAAGCCCAAACUUGGAUUUCACGUGUCCAGGAGAUGGAUGCUUUGCAGUCAAGUACAAACCAUUCCUUACAGGCUGAGUUGCGAGAACGUACAGAACAAUAUAACCAGCUCUGGCAUGGAUGUCAGAGACAGUUUGCAGAGAUGGAGAGACUUCAUUCACAUACAAUACAUCAGCUUCAACUUGAGUUGGCUGAUGUUAGGGAGAGGAAUGGUUCCUAUACUGAUGAAUCACAUAUGUCUCAAAGAAAAUCAAAAGAUUUAUCUCAAUUUGUUCAAAAUAAGGAACAAGAAGUGGAUUCUAAUGGAAGUGGUGCAGAAAAUGCUAAUACUGCAGUCAUUUCAACUGGAGCUUCAGACAAUGUUAAAUUGUUGGUUUCAGCUAGCAAUGAUCCAAAUCCAAAUGACCAUGUUCCAAGUGUUCCGAUUGCUCCAGUUGGGAUGUCUACAUACUUCCCACCUGGGCAGGUGUCUGCCCUGCAUUCUUUUAUCAUGCAACAACAGGGAGUUCAGCAUUCUGUGGCAUCUCAUGUUGGACCCUACACAAUGCCAGAUUUGUCAUCCAUUCAGCAGUGGCAGAACCAAAUGACUUCUUCAGAGGGUUUACAGCUGUCCGCACAGGAUCAUAAACCAACAUCCCAAACUGAACAAGAUGUAACGAAUGAAUAUGACAUGUCUGUCAAUGGGCAAACCAUUCGUACAGGCUAUCUAGAGCAUGUAAGCAAAGGAUCAGAGCUCAGUUCUGUGAUAUCAUCAUCUUCUGGGAAAGCACAGGUUGAGUCAGAAAAUGCAAGUUACCUUGUGGACCCCCAGCCUGAACCAACCUUGCCACAAGUUUCUUCACAAUUUCAUGAGGCAUUAAUAUUGAAUUCUGAAUCCAAGGAACAGAAUAUUCUGAACAUGAAUAAUCAUGUGUUGGAGGAUCAAAUUCUAACAGCAGAGGAAACAAGUACUGUUGCUUCUGCCAGCCCAUCUCAUGAUACAGUCCAUUCUGUUGAUUUCUGUGAUACAACAGUAAAAAAUGGAACUGUUGCUUUUUUGCCCGAAAAGCUGGUGUCAACCGGGCAGUCUAAUUACUUGAUAUCAGCUAAGACUUCAGAGACAGCGCUGCUUGAUGAAAGGUCAUUGUUGGCAUGCGUUGUUCGCACGAUUCCAAAUGGUGGCAGAAUUCGGAUCAGUUCCACGCUACCGAAUAGGCUCGGGAAAAUGCUCUCACCUUUACACUGGCAUGAUUACAAAAAGCUGUAUGGAAAACUGGAUGACUUUGUAGCUGCUCACCCUGAGUUGUUUUUGAUUGAGGGCGAUUAUAUUCGGCUUCGAGAGGGAGCACAAGAGAUGAUAGCAGCCAUUGCUGCUGUUGCCAAAGUUGCUGCAGCAGCUGCAGCCUCAUCUCCUUACUCCCCAGUUUUGCCUUCUGUUGCUGUUACUCCAAUGGCACAGCCUAAUCGACUAAAGAAGGGUCUUCCAUCAGCUGCUGCUGAUUCCAACCAUGCCAAGAAUGAGAAUGCUUCUUUCAAGGGGUAUGCAGUCAUCUCCAAAAAUGCAGCUGAUGAUCAUUCACAGCUAUUAGAGAUGAAGAAUCAACAUCCAAAUGGCAUCUCUUUUGGUGUGGCUGGAAAUCUUUCAGAUGUAAAAAUAUUGAGCAAACCUAAUGGGGCAAAUUUUGAGAGAUCGAGUGCGAGUAAUGUUGAAAGCAAGGCCUCAGGUCUUGAAAGGUCUAAUUCUAAUUUUUCCGGAAAACAGCGGGGCAGGGCAACUGGGGCAGCAUUGUCUUCUUGAAGAUAGAUUACCGAUUUGCAAUGCCAUGUUGUGGGAUACUGCAAGCAUAUUGGGACAUGAUAUGUAGUUGAAUGUAUGUUUUUGGUAUUGGUGAUCAGCAAAAUCUUUUGCAUCCGAGAAAAAUGUGGGAUUGGAUAAGAGGAAACUAUUUAAAUUGAUUUGCGCCAUGUCUGUUAAGAAAAACACUGCAUUUUGUUAUACUGAACCUGCUCAUUUUAUUUCCC